UACAACCUCAGGGUCAAUCAAAAUUGCGUUCGUUUAACAGUGGUUCCUAUUCUCGUGUAAAUAUGAAAGAUAUCUCAACAAGGAAUUACAAAGGAAAUCACAAAGGUGAGACCAAGUUUGGCAAAUGUUUAUCAUGUGGAAAAAUUCAUUCUCGUAAUUCAUGUGCAUUUCGAAAUGCUAAAUGUUUUAGAUGUGGUAAGAUAGGACACAUUCAAUCAGUAUGCAAAGCUACUAUUCAUUUUGCCUCAAGUAGUACUAAAUCUUGUAAUUUAGAUCCCAGUGAUUCAGCUGUUCCUAAUGAUCAUUUAUCUUUGUCUACCAUUUCGAAAAUUGAUACUCAUAUUCAAAAGCGAUUAUAUACAUCUCUUGGUUCAUUUCAUGACUUUAUUGUGGACACAGGCAGUAUAGAGUCCAUUAUUUCAUUCAAGAACUUGAAAUCUUUAGAUCCUAACGUUGUGGUACGACCCACUGAGGUAUCAAUAUUGGGGAUUACUGGACACAGACUGUCUAUACGAGGAUGUUGUGAGUUGCUAAUAAGAGAUGAAAAUUCUUCAUACAUACCUUGUGAAUUUUUAGUUAGCGAAACAGGACUGUCAAUACUGGGCUUAAGGAAUUUGAAAAGGCUUAAAGUGGAGCUGUCUUUCCUAGUUUCUAAAGAAAAUAAUGAUGCUUUACUCAAAGAUUUGAUAGCCACGUGUGCUAAGUGCAGUGGAGGUAUGAAGAUUCAGACUAUAAAACUUCAAGUACAGGGUGAACCAGUCUUUCUUAAAAGACGAAUAAUUCCUUAUGGUCUUCGAGAGGCAGUACAUAAAACAUUAAACGAUUUGUGUGCAAAAGGCAUAAUUGAACCGAUCCAGUCCUCAGCAUGGGGUACUCCUAUUGUUACGCCACUGAAGUCGGAUGGCAAAACCCCUAGAAUAUAUGGUGACCAUAGAUUAAUACUGAAUUCCCGUUUGUUGAAGCAAACGUGCACGACGGUAGAGGCUGAAGAUAUUCUAAAUCGACUUCAUGGUUCUAAAGUGUUAUAGAAUGUUGACCUAAAAGAUGCUUAUCUCCAAAUCCCUUUAGAUCAAUCUUCAUCUCUUUUGACGACAAUUAAUACUCAUUUUGGUCUGUUCAAAUACAAUUUCCUUCCAUUUGGUCUAAGUUGUUCUCCAUCUAUAUUUCAGGAAGUCAUGAAUAAUGUAGUUAGUGAUCUUGAGGGCGUUGAAGUUUAUCAAGAUGAUUUCAUUGUCCAUGGUUCUGAUAAGGUAGUUCUUAACCAGAGACUUAUUGCUUUAUUGCGUCGUUUAAUUGAGAAAAAAAUAACAGUGAAUCCAAAUAAGU